AGUGAAGCCGGGAGAGAGAGAGAGAAACAGAAAGAGAAAGAGAGAGAGAACUCUGUUACUCUGUUUCUUUCACUCAAGAGGAAGUUACCACCUCUGCAAGGACUCUCCUGAAGAACUCUUCCUCCCUGAAUCUUCAGGCAACAGGAACCCCCCCCCACCCCCAAACAACAACCUUUGCUCACUCUGGACCCCCGCCCCCCACCCCCUCCUCAAAACAUCAGGGAGCCCUGAAAGCAACUGAAACAGGAAAAGAGAGAGAAGAUCGUUGUUAUUUUUUCUUUUUGUUUUUCCUCUCCGGGGAGAGUCCUUGCGCGGUUCUUUAUCUGCAGAGGAGUGUUUGAUUGGUCCCCUGGAGAGACUCCUGAGGAACAGGCUCCUGGGCUGGACUGCGUGUCUCUCUGACAGAAGCGACCAGCGGUGACACAAACGCCCCGCUGUCCUGCAGCCGAUGCCUCUGCGAUGCCGCUGGACUCAGGUUGCAUGCUAGACUGAGGGAAACAAAGAACCAUUCUGAUCUCUAAACAUCCCAGUCUAAUUAAGCCCAGAGCAAACACAGCUCUCUCUCUGCACCUACUCCAAACCACCACCAAGAGCGGAGGGAGCUCCACCAAUCAGAAAGGGGGGUGGCAACAAACAAAUGCUGAUGGUUGAUUGGUGGAUAUACUUCAGGAUACCCUGUAGGGACCUAAUUAGAGCGGCCAAAUGAGCUGAGGACGGAACGAUCCACAGAGGCGAACAGAAAAAACACAAAAGAAAGAAGGACCGAGAGAAAGAGAGAAGCUCUCCAUCCACACCUCCAAUCACGCCAUGACCCGGGACUGAACUGCUACCCUCUGUUAUUUGUGGUGUGAGAGCGUGAGACAGACAUGGACGUUAAGCGGAAAGACAUGGCCCUCCUGAGCAACAGCAUCGCUGCCUACGCUCACAUCAAAGCGAACCCCGAGAGCUUCGGGCUGUACUUUGUGAUCGGGGUGUGCUUCGGCCUGGUGCUGACCCUCUGCCUGCUGGUGAUCCGCAUCUCCUGCAAGCCCCGCACCGCCACCGCCGCCGCCGCCGCCUCGGCCCCGCCCGAGAAGAAGCGGCUCAAGAGCUUCGGCGACGAGGAGGAGGAGGACUUCAGCGAGGAGGACGAGGAGGAGGAAGAGGACGAGGCGGAGGCGCCCGUCAGCCCCGUCACCGAGGUUCCCGUGGGCAACCACAGCCAGUCGGACGGCGCGCUGGGCGUCAACGUCUUCACGUCCGCCGAGGAGCUGGAGCGGGCCCAGAGGCUGGAGGAGCGGGAGAGGAUCAUCCGGGAGAUCUGGAGGAACGGCCAGCCCGACAUCCUGGGCUCGGGCACGGGCACCAUCGGGCGGGUCCACUACUACUAACCACCCCCCGACCCCCUGACCUUUGACCCCUGGUGCUCUCUGACCACAACAUUCAUCAGCAGGGGGGGGAGGUACUCGUCAGAGUCAUUGAGAUAUCAUGAUGCGGGCAUCAUCCAGAGCGUUGACCUCCCGACUUCCUGCUCCCUCCUGCCCCCUGCAGGCAAACAGGGUUACAGCAGUUGGGUGGCCCCGAGAUGGCAAACCAUCUUAGUUCCAGCGGCUGAUGGUCUCUCUGAAUUUCACCCAGACUUUAACCCCACGUGGUGUUGCAUCCAUGGCAUAUGGUAUCAAGAACAGCAUACUUGCGAUGUCUUUCCCUUGAGGUCUACAGGGGAUUUCAGUAUUUCAUUUGGAGUUGUGAACCGUCACACAGGAACACCAUGCAUAACACAUAAAUUCAGCGGACUUUAAUGGUCCACAACAUGGAGAAGCUCUGAGACCACCUUGGGUGUCCCUGGAUCUACGGUUGGAUUGGUGGAAAUUAGGGAAGGUGCCUUAGAAGUUUCUGUUUUUUUUUCUCCAGACUGUGUUUGUGUUUUUUUCAGACUGUGGCACAUUGCUUUCAAGUCUGAAAAUCAUGCGGUCGACAUUCUCUGAUGUUCUCAAAGAAGACCCAGCCUUUUUUAUUGUUGUCAUUGUUGUUUUUUUGUAAGCUUGAAUCAAAGUUAUGUUUGGACUUGCAAUACUUAAUGCUUACUGAAGUUGGGGGAUGGCUUGCUUACCAUGUUGUAGAAUGGUUUCCAUCCUCGUUUGUGUGCAAGAAAGACAUGGAGAUAUCUAGGACCUAUAUUUUUAAGACAUUCAACCAUGUGGCCUUUGUUUUUAGUCACAAAUCUUGGGACAGAAUAGUUUUAAAAAAACAUAUACAUCUGAACACCUGAAAACCAAAGCAAAUUCUAAUUUGUGCAAUAACAGCUGUCCUACUUGUACAUUCAGAAAGAAUAUAUAUUCAUUGUUGUAUUUUUAUACUUUACAGAUUAUGAAAUUGCACGAGAUAAGGUUAUAUUGUUACACUAUCUAUUUCUGAACCAUUAGUUCAUUUUUUUCCUUCAUAAAACUGCCAAAAUUGUUGGGUACAUACUGCAGAUUAGUAUGAGAUGAACAUCUCAAUUAAUACUUUGUGAAAGGAUGAUACAACUUUUUAAGGUUCAAUGAAGAGGCAAUCAAGGACAGAUUGAUCGAUGACAGAUAUAUUAAAAUUACAUCAGCAUUGUUAAAAGUAGCCUGAAAUCAAACCCUUGCCAUGGUAAAUUGAGGUUUCAUGGAGGCUAUGACGGUUGGUUACACUGUGUUGUCAAUCACUGACUUCUGGAACAAAAGAAAUGACCAACAACAGCAAAACAACAAUACGAUAGGUUUACAUCGCCGAACACAUGCUAGCUUGUUCACUUUGGGUGGUUUGUGAAGACUCUCUUCCAUAACAGGAGAGCAGUCUUGGAGUCGGCCAGAUGCACUAUAAGAAGAUCCGCGAGCUGGCGUGUUUGUUGUUCUGGAGCUGGACGGUGACAGCGUGAGGGAGAUGUUGAGGAGAGAGAGAGCAGUCCAGCACGGAACGCUCAUCUCAGGGAAACUGAGGUCUAUUCUCCUUGGGGUCAGCUCUCGUGGCUCCAGCUCAAGCAAACAACAGCUGGGGCCGAACAGACCUCAGAAACCGGCACAUUCCAGCCACUCUCCUCUAAAGUUUAUUCCAAAAUGACUCUUUAAAAAAAAAAAUAAAAAAUAAAUAAAAUAAAAUAAAAUUAGGAUCUUCAAUUUCCCUUUUGGAUCACAGUCAGACAGACCCUUUUUCUUGGAGGGCUUGCAAGAGAGAGAACGAAAAUAUUUUCCCAGCCAGAAGAGUAUUUAUAGAUAGUCGUUGGCCCUUAUCCUCAACCCCACUGUCCUAGUGUUCGCACAGAGGAAGAUAAAACGCAUGUAGUUGCAAUAAAGCCUUUGGAUUCCUGGGCACCUCUGCUCAUUUUCGAUCCCAGGGUGAGACACUUAUCAAUUAGCCUUCUAUUUAGCUUGGCACUUCCAGUGUCUUCAAAAUUCACAUAAACAUUGGAGUGUAGAGAAAGACUGACGAGAACAUACAAACUGAAGUGCGUACGGACUAUUGAAAUGCGUAUAAUGCUUGAAAUGAUUGUAGACACUGAACGACUUCCAUUUGUGAAGGCAAAAUGUUGGCAUUGCUUUCAGAAAACCAAGCCAAGGCACCUUUGAACUGAAGGAAAACAAAUUUCAAACUUACUUCUAAAAGCACAGGCCAAGAUGUGUACUCUGAGAAGACUCAGACAUGCUUUGAGUAACCGCAGUAGUGUCUGCAAACAGCCCUGACCACAGUGGCAUAGCCGAUCCGGUUUGGCCACAUGAAACCAAGUCAACUGCUUCAGAAUCAGUGGGAUAGCAUGACCUUAACUGGCACCUUGUUAAACAGAGUAAGCCACUGCUGCAUUCUUGACUAAAGCCUCUGGUCGUAUACACACUCGUGUCUGUUUGACAACUCCGUGAACCAAAACCACCUCUAGGCCAGGGGUCCGGGGCUGGUGUGAGGUCUGCCUUUUUGUUUCUGUUUUUAUUUUAACCUUUGAAUUAAUUUCAGGCUUUUCUGCGCUCAGAGAAAUCUCCCAGCCCAUCACCAUGGGGUCACCUGAGCAUGCUCAAACAGGCCUGGAGGCUAAACGCUGACGGAGUUUACACUGAGAACAAAAAGGGGCUCGAGCUCUCCAACAAUUGUCCGAGCGCAGGCAUGCAAAAAAAACGUACGCAUCAGCAAAACGGCCUGCACUCCCCAAAAUGACAAAGUGGUUUUUUUUUUGGCUCUAGAACUGACGGCUCUCCACGCUCCCCGUCGUUUUUAAACAGUGCUCGUGACCCCAUGUGCCGUUGUCACUCACCAAACGCUGACUGGCGAGGGAACAGUCAACAGCCUGAGGCCGGUCAGAGUACACGCUGUUCUUACGGAGACCGAAAGAGGGCAAGUUUUCUUGGGUCAAAGCCUAAUAAAGCCUGAGCUACGGAGGGAGGGAGGGAGGGAGGGAGGGAGGGAAGGAAGGAGAGCCCUGCUCGCCCGUUUGUCCAGUACACUUCCUGUAUAAGGCAGUAGACAAAAAAAAGCUCUCUGCAUAUGUGUUCGUGAAAAUCCACCACCCCCUGUUUCGGGCAUCUGUUGCAGAGAGAGGUUCCAGGGCUUCAGCUGUCAAAGAGCUGUCAAUUACUUCAUCGUUGAAUUGAGGACUGGAUUAUUACGCGGCUCAAAAUCAUCAGAUCGGUUAGUGUAAGUCAGUGAUUGACAUGUCCAGCUAAUUGUGGGGUUCAUACAUCUUCCUUUUCCCAUCACUAGUAAUGAAGAACUAAACCUGUUGCCUUUCUACCUAUGGUAGACUUUUAAAAAAGUGUUGACUCGAAAGCUUGAUGUCAGGUUAGCUCACAUAAAAAAGCACAAAUUUCUCUGGGCCGAUCGUUAGAGGUUCUUGGUGCUAGCAGUGAAAACCGUGUGCAAUGCGUGUAAGGAUCAGCUUUUAUUGUGCUCGACAUUUCCAUGCGAGGGAGUAUCUCCUCGAAGCCAGGAGUGUCAGCUGGAUGUUCCAUUCCAGGUUUUGAUUUUGAGAAUUUAACCUCAUUAUUUAUGACCAAACAUGAGUCUUAGGGGGAUUCUUCUCUAAACACUUGGACCAAUGCAGGAAUGAACCUCUAAGAUUCCCAGCUGAAUUUCUGUAGAAAAUAAGGAUGGAUGUGAAAAUGUCAGACUAUUAAAAAAAAAAAAAAAUAACAGAAAAUGCAUUAUUUAUAAGUGUGCAUCAUAUCACCUGCAAGUGUAUGCUGAGAUAUGUAAAUAUUUAAGUGUACAUUUACAAUUCAUGUUACCAGGUAGAUAUACACUAUGUUUUUUGUACAUAUGAACAUGACUAUUGGACCGCUUGUUUUUUGCCAUAACAUUCUGAAUAAAUGCAUAUGAUGUAAAAGGUUUUAAA